GAACGAGAAAUGACUCCACGACUGCUGGCCAGUUUGUGCUGUAUCCUCCUACUGCUGCUACUCCUUCUUAUCCUCCUAGGAAUCAUUCUCAACGCUAUUUUCAACAUCUACUCGGUGAGCGAAUUCCUUCUGUAUCCACCGGUGUGUGAGGAAUGUCGUCGAAAGAAUCCGAAUCUUCUCACUGCUGCUAUGCCCUCAUCUCUCUACAUUCACUUCUACUCUUCUAAUCAAGCCCAUUUCGAGCUACGGGGAAAUCCGCCCUUCAAAAGCAAUUCAUUCACUGCCAUCGAUUUCGAAACGGGAUACAUUGCUGUAGCUGACCAUGCCCUGACAGAUUCUAAUGGAAGACAUUUCACCUGCUUCAUCAUGCCACUGGAUCGAUCAGCUAUUCCUAGUAUGGAGGCACUAAGAGAAGCCGUUAGCGAGAGCGAUUACGAGAUCCAAGCCCAAUUUGGUUGGCAGGAAUUCUGGCAGUUUGACGCCGAACCUAUCGAGCCAGUGGCUGCAAAUUCCAAAUUCACAGAGAGAAUUUCUGAUUGUGUUGGAGCCAAGUGGUAUUACCUCAAACAGGCCGUACACAGUAGAGACGCCUCAUGCUCGGAUUGCUACGACUUUUGUCUGCCUGACUGGGCAGUGGUCAGAAAGGAGAAGUAUGAAGACCAGAGCACUAUUGGAAUCAGACGACUCGACUGUUUCCGGUUGUACGUACCUGAGUGGAGGAACUUCAGGUGCUUCCCUAUUGUACCCUUCUAUAACCGACCAUUUACUAAGACGUCCGACUUCAAAAGUCUUGCAAGAACAUUUUCCUAA